GCAGGCUUUAAUCCAAUAUGGCGGAUUAGCAGCAGACUGUGAGCAACCGAUGUAUAACCCCGACUUAAAACACUUAUAAGAAGAACUCACUUUUGCAAUGGAGUUGAGCCGCGUAGCCACUGAGGGGGUCAGCCUCUGCGGUGAUUCGACUCGAGUGGGAGAUCGCGCUUUUCGAAAUCUGAUUCAGGUUACUAUGGACAUUUUGCUGAUGAAAAAGAACGAAGAAUCUCUUAAAAGUCAGUAGCUUUAUUAUUUGUUAUUUUUUAAUGUCGAUACAACAUCUUAAGUUAGUAGCUGAUCACGGUUAGGUUAACAUUAUUUACUGCCUCUUUAAAAUACACCCAGUUUUAAAUCUACAAUACUCGUUCAAUUUUCGUUGAAACGCGUUAUGUAUAUAAUAAGACUGAAACUGAGGAUUAUUCAAGUCACGCUUUCUCAACCAACUAGUCUAAAUUUUUCCGUGUGUUAUUUUUUUCUUCUUCCCCAAUGUUGAGAAUUUGCGGUUGGCUAGGUAAUACGUGAAUCAACACUGGGGAGGGAGACUAAGAUGACAAGGGUUUCAAUAAAUGUGACGAGCUGAGUACAUGUACUUUAGGUGGGAAAGUGUUGUCCAUCUUUUUCCUUGCGCUGCCUUAUGUAUCAGUCAAAUUCAGUUGCACCCAUGCCCCUCCCCCCAGGCUAACCCCCAGGUAUUGUUUUGUUCUUCUCGGAUGGGAAAUCCCGGGGGAAGGGACACUUAAACAGUCAAAUAAAUGUACAAUGUACCCUGCGGUGACGACAAAAAGUGGAGGGUGAAUGCUCCAACCCCUGUAUCACCCCCAAUCAAUACAGUGUACUGUAGCAGCUCUCAUCCAUUGCACAGUGGAUUAGGGUUACUUACAGCAUUUCUUAUAUGCAGUAACCAAAAAAUACGUGCUCGACUCACAUUGCCUACUCUUGAUCUCACUACUAAAAAAUAAAAAUUAGUCCUUGCCAAAAAGCCAAGCUGCUUAUCUUUUGUAGUUCAAGUCAGAAACCAUGUGCUUGUGAAAAGCCUAGGGGUGCGUGGGCCCAGGGUUGGCAAAUGCCCAACCCCUGGGCUGGGCUGUUAGUCCCCCAUGUCUUCAAAUAUUAAGAAUUGAUAGGGAAGGGAUGAUAGAUGACAUCAUAAUGAAUGGUACAUGAUGUCAUUUGUGCAAAAAAUACCUGUUGACUCCAAUCGUCACAAAUUUGCGAUGACACUGACAAAACGCACGAAAAAGUUAUAAUUUUAUUUGAAUAAUAUUUGAGCUGAUUGGUCUAUUAUUAUUACAAUGGCAUGCCAAAGUUUAUCAAGAAAUGCUCAAUGUUAACAUUAAAAUAGCUCAAACAAUGCAAAAUAUUUGAAAUUUAGCCUGUGAACAGGUUCUCUGUUCACACGGUAUUUGAAGUUUUAUUGUUUGAAAGUCGAGUCUGCUGAAGAAAUAGAAAGCUUCGGCGAUUAUCCGGGAGAUUUCAGACUCUAAUCUGGAGACCAGGAGAAACGGUCCAAAAUCUGGAGUCUCCUGGAUCAUCCUGGAGAGUUGACAGCACUGCCUGGGCUACACUACACUUAGGAACUGGCAAAAUUAAUGCCCUGUAGUUGCCUUGGGGGAUGGGUGAGUGCAGCUGCCAGGAAUUGACUGAUGCAAGUCAUUAUUGACUUCCAGAAACUAACGGAUUAUUCCCUGUUCCUCUGCAUCUCAACUUGCUCCCAUGGACAGAGCUGCAAAGAUACACCAAUGUGAUCUUGAGAUUACAAAUCAAUAUAAUGAAACAUGCUUCAACAUCACAUGGACAAAUUUUGUAAGGUCACAGUCUUUAAUAUUCCUUAAAUGUAUUUUAGCCUUUGUAAUAAUGGUCUACAAAUUAUGACACUUGUCAACAGUAAAACAGGCUUAUGUACAUGUACAGUGUAUCAGCUAGAAAAACAAUGUAAUAGUCCAGUUGCGAAUUAAAAAUUACUGCUGAACAUAAUCAUUAACGACACAUUCAUACAGGGUUAGCCUCGACAUAGGGUAAAAUAUUCAGAAAUUCUGGCAAGUAAGUGUUUGAAAUUUGAAUAUACACUAUAGACAGAGUAAUAAACAGGUCUUUUUCUCGUUGGAAUUUGUGAAUAUAUUACUUCAGAUUGAGGCUAACGCUGUAAAAAACAUGCAUCUUCACUUCUUUAAUUUAGCGGUCAUAGUGAACUGGAAAAUGGACUAUUACAUGACAUAGCUUUGCAGAAACAGGCGUAGUAGUUAAGAGGUCACCACUUUGAAUGGUAAAACAGGAGAAAAUAGCAGGAAAGUAAAUCAAAGUGGCACCUCCUGUGGAUUCAUAAAAGUCAUUUUCAUUUUGGUUUCAUAUUUUCCUUCUCAUAUGCAGUAGAAGGGUUGCAUGUAGAUUGGAGAAAAUUAAUGUGUUGCUCUUUUUGAAUGUAUCAUGGCCCCAUAGUGUUUGGUGAUCUGUAUCAUAUUGUCGGAAAAUUUAAAGUAUCAUUGCAGCUCUCUUCAGUGGUUUCACAUUGGUAGUCAUUUUAAUUGGUUGAGGUGUGAUCAUGAAUGACUGUGUUUGUAUUAAUUAGAAAACUUGUAUUGAUAGUUGAGCAGUUGUGAUGUUUUAACCUGUAAAUACAUGUACUUGCUUUAGGUGAUGAGGAUGUUGCCAGUGUUGAUGCUGCAGCAUUGAAGCAGGCCUAUGCUGGUUUAGUUACCCUGAUAUUAGAGGCCGUGAAGAUGGAUUGUGAUUCACCCAGCAUAAGUUAGCUACACCAGCUGUAUAUUGCUUUGUGCAGUCAGACAUCAGAGAGAUAUUUUACAACAGUCUUAACAUUAAUUGGCUAGCCUGCAUUGAUUGUGAUUCACCCAGCAGAAGGUAGCUACACCAUAUAUUACUUUGUGCAGUAAAGCAUCAGCGGUGUAUGACAUUUGCAGACUGCAGACUGCAGACUGCAUGAGGCAGCAAGACUGUAAAUUGAAUGAAACCAAAAAUAUCAUAAUAAAGGUGGCGUCAUCAUCAACAUUACCUUGUUCCGAGAAGUACAUGUAAGGCCUAGAAGCGAAGUUUAUAUUUUUCACGCAAAUAACACAGACCUGAUUCCUGAAGGAGUUGUUGGCUGUUCUUCUCGUAUUGAAUUAGAGCAGAAUAAUGUCUGCGGAUGUCACAAACUCGCUAAUGAAUCCAUAGCAACAGGUUAGCAAUUUAGCCUGCACCACAGACGAAACCAAACUCUGGUUAUAUGAAGUCUGUCUGUGAAACAGCGCCGGAAUCCUUAUUCUAUGGGGGGCCCACCUGUGUACUAGGAUUUGAGUAUGAGCAAUGAUUGGCCUGUUAAAAAAGCCAUUGUCGAUUUGCCAAUUUAGAAAUUCAAAAUGCACUUCCGGAAAUUCGUCGAGUCCAGGUAGGAUCUGUUCGGUUUAGAUUAUUUGGCAUAUCCUUAAGUACUGCUAAGAUGAAAUACGUCAUUUAAAAGGUGUUAAAUGUCCAUGAUCUAUGCUAGUUGUUUUUGUCGACGUACCUGUAGUGAGCACAAAGUGCUCGCAAUCUAAACACUUUUUUUUACAGAAGACUACUAUUUAGACAGGCAUUAGUGGGCAUUGCUACUUCUCAUUAUCGAUUGACAAUAAUCAAAGAAGAAUAAAGAAUCAACGCAAUUAAUGAUAUGCCGGGUGAGUCAAUAAAGAGUCGCGUCGGUGAAGAAUAGCCAACAGCAUCUUGGAAAUGAGGCCAAUGUAACUUUGCACAAAAAUAUCAACCUUGUUCCCAGGCUACUUUCUCACUUUCACACGAUCUUAUAUUUUUGAUGGUGUCACCUUUAUUAUUAAUUUACAAUCUGCAAUCUGUGGUCUGCAGUCUGCAGUUUGCGGUCUGCAGUCUGCAGUCUGCAGUCUGCAGUCUGCAGUCUGCAGUCUGCAGUCUGUGGUCUGCGGUCUGCAGUCUGCAGUCUGCAGUCUGCGGUCUGCAGUCUGCAGUGUGCAAAUGUCAUACACUGCGUCUAGAAAGCAGUUAAUCUCAUACCCUAAUUCUAAUGGCUUUAUUUAAAAGCACAAUCUGUUGUUACAUGUAAAUAUUUCAUGUGUUCAUUCUUUGUUUCAGUUCUCUACUUGAAGACUGCAAGUGGGGAAGUGAUAGAAUAGACUAUUUUUCAAAGCACUUUCUGGUAUGAACUAAACAUGUUCUGUUUGUUUUUCUUAGUUUUUAACUUUUCAAUGGCAUAAUUUGCCCCUCCAUUUGUCUUAUUAUUAUUAUUAUUAUUUGUUUUAUUAUUGUUAUUUAUUUUCAGAAGUAAUAAUGUUAGACUGCCAACAAACUUUUCCCUGGUUAUGCAAAGCAAUGCCAUAAAUUGAAUUUUAAGAAAGAUCUACAUGUGGGUUAAAUUACCAACAGAGAAAAAUAAUAGAUCAAGAGAGGAAACCAAUACCAGUAGUAUCAAUAUACAGUGGAAUCUCGAUAAAACUAUACAGUGUACAAUGAAGCCCUUGGUAGAGCAAAUGAUUAUUUUUCUUCACCCCUUCAGUAGACUUAAUAGUAAACUGUAUGAAAAUAACCUUGAUAAAAAAAAAAAAUUAAAAUGAACAAAUUUGCCAGUCCCUUCUUUACCAUGUAUAUUAUCAAGGUUUCACUGUAAUACUAUUGGGAUGAGAGAUCUGACUUUCCAGUUGUUUUAUACAAUAUUCUCUACAAAGAAUGAUGUUGAUACUCCACCUAGAGAUUAAGACAAAGUCUUCCAAUAUUUUAUAAACUUAGAUCACUCUGAGUUGUGAACAUAUUUACUGUUUCUCUGGGACAAGGCAGAUAAACAACAUUUUAGUUGAAGGGGAGAGGGGCUGGAGACGGAGGAGGGGGAAUUUGGAUAAUAAAUGUACAUUGUUAUGAUUUCAAAUUCAAAAUUAGAAAAAUACAUUCACUUUUUUUAUAGGAGUGUAAGCCAGAGUUGGAGGCCCUUCUUGCAGGGUAAUCUUGUUAUCCUGAGUCGAUCCCUGGGCAGUGUUUUAGAGAAAGAAACAAUACACAUUUCUAUAGACUAUGUACAUUAUAAUUUUAAUUCAAAUGAAACUGCUUUUUUGUUGAUCUGGUACAAACAAGUUACACUGUUAAUUGUUUGCAAUGGCAUAUUUUAAAAUUUCUGUUGUGCUGCAGGAAUUGUACUUAUACACUGAUCUUGUACACUGUACAUGUAAAUCCUUCUCAUGCUGUAUGGUACAACAAUAACCGACCUGUAGGUAGAGAUUUUGAAGUGGGGAUGCUUGUUUUACUCUGUGAAACAGGGUUGUGUACUCGUUAUAAUCAAAAUCAGCCACCCCUCCCCUCCCCUUAGAAAAGAGGGAAAGGUUGAGAUGAACAGAUUUUGUGGCUUUGUGUCUGAUGCCCUUUUACAAAAGGAACAACCAAGUAGUACGAGUAGUACACAAACCUCGUGUUAAUAGUUUGCAAACUCUUCCCAAUUUUAAUUUUUGACAAGGAUUAAAAUAAUCCUCUCAAAGCUGUCAUGUAUUUUAGUUUCCGUAGUUAAAACAAGCUGUUAUGUCAAUCAAAAGGGACAGGAAUUUGUUAUCUAACCACGGUCCCGUCAACUUAACUUACUGUUCAGUAGUAAUUUGUGUGGUACCUGCAGACUUACAAAUUGUUCUACAGUGGAACCUCGAUAUAGCAAACCUCUGUAUAACGAAGUCCUCGAUAUAGAAGGGACUGUAAGCAGUGACAACAGCAAAGGCAUCGGCGACACGAGAGCCCUCAGGGUAAACCCAAACCAAUGCGCAUGUCUGGCGUGAAAAACAUCUGCCGUUGCUGUCGCUUCAGAACGUGAGAAUUGGUGUUUUGCUGUUGAGACAACACGUGAGUACUAAACCUCAGUUUUCCUAAAAAUUUGGCAUAAAGCAGCUUCUGGGAAAACUAAAAGUACUCUGAAUACUUUUUUGGCCUGAAAAUAUUUAACAAUUAUUCCUCGAGCCCGAAGAUGGGCUCUGAGUCAAUAGCCCAUGAGGCCAAGGGCCGAAUCGGCUAUUGACUCAGAGGCCAUGAGGGCUAGAGGAAUAAUUGUUUUAGUAAAAUCCAACUAGUUGGUUAAAAAUAUCGAGAACAAAAAAAAAAUUAGCUAGUUAAAUCUAGACUUUAAUCCCUUUUUGCCGCCAAAAAGCCCUUGCUUUUCGCUAUAGUGGGCUAUAACAUAUAGCCUAGUAGUAGCUCAACCAAUCAGAACACAGCAUUGAUGAAAGACCACUAGUUGGAUUUUACUAAAGAGGUUUACACUAGUCAUAUUUAGCUGCGUGAGAAAAAAACACCUGAGAUGCGUGAAUGAAGACUGAAGCGAGGCCAGUUUGUCCGAAAACGUGAAUAUUGAAGCUGCCCCGAGAGCUCUUCCUCGGUCAAAAAUCAUCUUUCGAUCUAUGGUCUCCUCUGAAGUUUUAUGAAGUAAGCAUUUAUCCCUUCAUUUUAUUUAUUUAUUUGGUUAUUUUACUUUAAAGCUUAUUUUCAAUACUACUCCCUUUGCUUCGUUUGUUCCGCUAUCUCGAUGAUCUUUUAUAUGUUCUAAACCAACAACGGCAUCCAGUUUCAUUUUAGACUGAUCGUUUCUUUUUUAUUCUGACUUACAUGUAAUAAACUGCGGGUUUGGCAGACUUGACUGAUUUGAGUGCAGAAUCGUUGAUAAAACUAUCACUUCGAUUAAGAAUUGGAUGUAAUUAUGUGAUCACUGUGCUAGGGCAAACGCGGUUUUGUAUGUUUUUAUUUCAUUAUCAUGAGUAGAUAUUUUCGUACAUGUUAUAUCUGGAUUCAGACUUAAGUUUGUUUCUGCAAAAAAAGUUCUUCGCUGAGUGUCCAUUGCUCGCUUGAAAUGACUUACAGACAAAACUUGUCAUAAUGUCUUGCCGUGUUUAUUAUAUCAGACAAGACCUUGUCCUCUAUCAUCUGCCAGCCUGCCUAGCAGGCGCCGGUUUGUGUUUUUUAGGGGGAAGGAAGAAAUCUUGAGGACGCGCGAGGGGAGAAAAAGAGAGGAGGCGCCUUUCCCUUCGCGUGUUCCCUCGCGCGGCCUUUAAAAAAGUAACCGGCGCCUGCUACGCAGGCUAAUCAUCUGCUCGAAAUGGUGAUUCCUGGCCGCCUUCUAAAGAAGAAACGAAGAUGAAAAAAAGAGCUCUUCUCACAAGAAGUACUGAAUUUGCUUUUUUCGCGCUGCUUAUUAACUGCUCAUAAUUCGCGAUGUCUGUGAGACCAAACCGCGUUAUCUUCCCAGUCUCUUUCACGGUGUCGCCGUCGCCGUUUCCGUUGCUGUUGCCGUUGUCUGUGUUUAAAGUCCCUAAGGAACCAUCUGCCCCAGCUAUAGGAAAAUGUAUGGAAAAGAACCUCAAUAUAACGAAACCUCCUUUUAGCGAACGCUUUGGCCAGUUCCUAUGCCCUUUGUUAAAAGUAGUAUAGGGCGCACCGAAUUAUCCUUAUUUUUGGGGGGGAAUCUCAUUAAGGUGGGGGGGGAAUAAAUUAACGUUGCUGACGUCAUAACCUUUUGUCUUGAUCUCAUGAAUAAAAUGCGCAGGAAUCUCAUUAACUUGCGGUGGAAUCUCAUUAAGUAUAUCCAGUUUGACGGGUUUAUCAAUGAUGUCAUGUUCUAUUUUUAUCUUGUGGCGGUCAUGGUUGGUAUAACCGGUUUGACAGGAUUUAGUUAUUUUCGGAAGAUGAUGUCAUAUGUAUUCCAGGGUACUAUGAUGUCAUAGUUGUUUUGAAUACUUCAAUAGGAACAAUAGGCUUGCCUAGACUUGCCCGGGAUCUUUUAACCCUGAUUGGAUAGUAAACAAUCUAUUAUGUGUUUAACAUAAAAGCGCUCUUUCCCUUCAGUAUUUCAUUCUCGCAAUCGCUUUGCUAAGGAAAAAGUCUUACUAUCAGCAAUAUUUUUUAAAACAUUGCUCCAAACAUGCAAGUCGAAUCGAGCUGUAAACUUGUCUGACUAUUACAGAACUGUUUUCUCCUUUCUAUCUCGAGGACAUGAAAAACUAUUGAAGUCUCAACGUUUCACGCACGGUUAAUCAGGUAAUUAUGCGAGUUCACAACCCCAAAGUUGAAUACAAAUUAUCUCUACAGGAAAGACCCAAGGGAGAGAAUCUUGACGUAUUAUUAUAAAACAAAUAACUGAACAAGGAUCAAUUAAAACACGCGACUCAUAUUUGCUAGCAAUAAAAACACAAGAGAGAUACCGUUUUAAAAAACUUUAUUAAAAACCAGUGACAAAAAGAGUCAAAUACACAGGAAUGGAAAUUAAUUAAUCUUCAUCUUCGCCCAUGGAGUACUUGUAAGGUUUGAAUUUCUUAUGCCGACGUUUCUUCAGCUGUUUGCCAUGAGAUUUAUGAUCAUCCAAAUAAUUUACAAAUUGAAUCCGACGCCUUUUGCGCUUCGGGCCUUGUGGUGAUGGGGUUUCUACUGUAGGAGGAGGGGUCAGGAAAGCAGGAUUUAAGGGUGGUGGAGGGGUGAGGCUUUCUUUGUCAGGUUUUUGAGAGAUAGCCGCUUGUGUUAAUUCAGGUGUUACAUUAAAGGGGUUGAGGGGAGUCGAGAAUGCUGUCGUUGCUGUCGAAGAAUCUUGUGUCCUUGAUGUUAAGUCUGGAACAGUGCUGAUUAUUUCUUCCGGUCGUGUUCUUGUACUUAAUUGUUCUUUAAAAGCCAGGUAUCUGUUUUGCAACUGAAGGUAUCGUUUAGCUUUUUCUUCGUCCCGAAGAUCGUUUCGAGAAAGGACGUCAUCCAUGUUGUCUUGUAUUUCUUGCAUAGCUGGAAGAAGUGGGAUAGGUGAAAGAUUUUGCUGCUUCAGAUAUUUUAGAACCUCUUGAGGAAUAUUUUCUUGAAACCCUGCUUGGUUAAAGCCUUCUUCACUGGGCAGGACGUUUGUUCGCAGUCGACAAUUAUCUUGGGUAGUAGUUUUCAGAUCAAUCAACAGAUAACCAAAAGGUCUUUUUACAGCCUCUUCGUACUGAUUUAAAAAGAAAUCCGUCUGCCCGGGAUACAUUUGCUUCGCCAGAGUCAGGAUUUGCAAUUUGUCUCGUGGAUUCUUGAAUAACACCAGAUAAUGGCUGUUUAGGCUUAUGCUGCGACUACCUUUCCCCUGAUGAAAUAGAUUCUGCACGAUAUAAAUCACGCUCAGAUUGCGAUGAUGAGAACCACGAGUAAAAAGGUUCACAAUCCGCUUGUCUUUACUGGCAUCAAUCAUCUGAUCAUCAAACACGAUCAGAUUCCGUUUGUUCACAUCAAAAUAGGAAUCCUGCUCCAAAGCCGUAGGAAUUCCCUUAACGAAUUCAAUGUGUGGCAUGGCGACUAACAUUUGUGUAUACGUUGGCUGCCAUUGUGAAUAACACCAAACGAUCCUCUCCAGGGGAGGGCAAAUUGUCUCUGAAGCUUGUUGCAAUAGCGAUCGAACCCAGGCCGUUUUUCCGGAACCGGUCAUUCCGGCAAUCAUGGAGGUGAAAGGGUGCUCGAAGCGAAACCGCUGACAUUUCUGUGAAAACGGAACUGUUUGAAAUGGUGUGAGACCGACAUUGUGGUGUUUAGACAUCACGUGCCUUUGCAUAUUAUCUUUUCUACUAAAUGAUUUUUCGCAAACGGAACAGAACCAACUCAUGUCAGCUCAGGAGCAAAAUGUAGACUGAGAAAGGUAGAAUGUUGCGCAUUUAUAUAGGUUUUCAGGCCAUAAAAUUCUAUUGUUUUCCUCAACCAAAACCACCACUACCACCACCACAUUUCUGUUGUUUUCUUUCCUCCUCCUCCUCCUCCUCCUCCUCAUUCUAUUGUUUUUCCUCCUUCUCCUCCUCCUCCUCCUCCUCCUCCUCCUCCUCCUCAUUCUAUUGUUUUUCCUCCUUCUCCUCCUCCUCCUCCUCCUCCUCCUCCUCAUUCUCCUAAUCCUCCUCCUUCUCCUCCUCCUCCUCCUCCUCCUCCUCAUUUCUAUUGUUUUUCCUCCUCCUCCUCCUCCUCCUCCUCCUCCUCAUUCUCCUCAUCCUCCUCCUUCUCCUCCUCCUCCUCCUCCUCCUCCUCCCCCUCCUCCUCAUUCUAUUGUUUUUCCUCCUCCUCCUCCUCCUCCUCAUUCUAUUGUUUUUCCUCCUCCUCAUUUCUAUUGUUUUUCCUCCUCCUCCUCUUCAUCCUCCUCCUCCUCCUUCUCAUUUCUAUUGUUUUUCCUCCUCCUCCCCCUCCUCCUCCUCCUCCUCAUUCUAUUGUUUUCUAUCCUUCGCCCACUCGUUUCAUUUUAUUUAUUUAUUUUUUUCUCCACGUGAUUCUAUAAAAGACUGCCAACUGCCAUCUUUAGUUCACUUUGAAGCAAUGUCUCGUGUAGUGAACAACAAUCGUGGUUUUCUUCAGCUCUUAGCUGAUUGCCCUCCUUAUCAGCGCCAGUUUCUUUUACGGACAGCUACUCCGCAACAACUACAUGCACUAGUCCAAGUCUUAUACAAUAUACUUAAGGAAUACAUUCUUAUCCCCGAAGAAAAUAAGCGGAACGUGUUGCCAUAUAAGGAUGCUCUAGUCAACCUAGCAAAAACAAAUGUCCCUUACAAAACAAAGAAGCGAAUCCUUGUACAAGAGGGUGAUGGUUUCAUUCAAGACCUAUUGGUACCUGCUGUUACAAGUCUAGGAUUUCUAAUGCUAUAAAAGAGGUGACGCAUCGUUAGGUUGAUCAUUCGAACCUAAGUCUGUCACGGGUUCUCAUCAAAAAUGAAGAGAAAGAUAGAUUUGGUUGAAGAAGAAGAACACGAGAGUGAACAUGAAGAAAGCGAAAGUUCUGGUGAUGAAAGCGAGGAUGAAGAACCAAGAAAAAAAGAAGAACCAAGAAUAAAAGAUGUUUUGAGUCAUCUUUCCCGAGCAGUGUCGGAAAAGCGUGCUUCUGAUUUGCUGCAUAGUAUGGCCGCGUCCAAAGAUAUUCUUUUCUGGACCCCCAGCGGACAAUUAGUUCGAAAUAAACGCACUAUUCCCGUCACAAACAUCGCUGAGCUAGUUGAGUAUGUGUUACUCCCUCAUAACAAUGAGGUUACCAAGCCUCGUGCGCUGAAUACGUUUCUAGAUGGACUUGCAGAGUUAGGAAUCGAUAAGGGUUUAAUCAAGAACAAAAAGUUAUUAAGUGAUUUAAUAGAAAAGGAAAAAGGCUACCAAAAUGUAGAAAAUACUUCCGAUAAUGAGAGUAAUAAUGAGGAGAGUUCAUCGGAUAUUGAAAAUCAGGAGGAGGAGGAGGAGGAGGAAGUGGCUUCUGAGAAUGGCGUUGAAACUGAAGGCACCCAAGAGAGCGACAACGACACUGAAAACGACAGUCAGGAGAUAGAAAGUAGUAACCCUGAAACGUCCACCACCUUUCACUCUAAACGUCCCUGUGAACACUGCGAGAACUCUAAUGUGUACGGGACAUUGAUCAUGAAAUGUCCUAAAUGCCUUUGGCACGAUUACUACACGAUUUGUCCUAUAUGCGAUCACCAGAUCCCCGAGGAGAGAAAAUACAUGAAAGAGGGCUUUCUUCGAUGUCACGAUUGCGGAGCAUUACACACAAAAACGCGAAGACGUUGGAAACCAAUUUCUAUUCCCCUUCUACAGAGGAGAACGAAGAUGAAGAUUAAUUAAUUUCCAUUCCUGUGUAUUUGACUCUUUUUGUUUUUAAUAAAGUUUUUUAAUACGGUAUCUCUCUUGUGUUUUUAUUGCUAGCAAUUAUGAGUCGCGUGUUUAAUCAAUUGAUCCUUGUUAAGUUAUUUGUUUUAUAAUAAUACGUCAAUAUGGUCCCUUGAGGUUUUUCCUGUAGAGCUAAUUUGUAUUCAACUUUGGGCUUGUGAACUCGCAUAAUUACCUAACUAAUGACGCGUGAAACGUUGAGACUUCAAUAGUUUUUCAUUUCCUCGAGAUAGAAAGGAGAAAACAGUUCUGUAAUAGUCAGACAAACUUGAAAUAAAGCGUUUUCAGCUCCCCUUUGUGUAUGUCUUGUUUAUAUAUAUCCGAGUUUUAGCGCUAAAUAAGAAAAAGGAAGCUGUUUCUCGCGUUGCUAGGUGAUUGCUCUUAUUUUCCUUUUAAUUAAGUUACUUACCGGGCAAGUCUAGGCAAGCCUAUUGUUCCUAUUGUAGUAGAGAAACACUCAUUAGUAAACCUAUACCGAAUUAGUAUGCAGGGCGACACUUAAUUAGUAUGCAGGAAAUCCAAAUUAGUAUGCGGGAAGGCAGUGAGCAGGCUUUUAUGCCGUUCAAACAAAAAAUACGGCAACCAACCAGAAUGCUUCGUCAAACGAGACAGCCAAUGAGCGUCUUUCUAAUUCCGGUCAACCAAUCAAGACAACUAUGACAUCAUAGUACCCCGGAAUACAUAAACAUCAUCUUCCAAAAAUAACUAACCUGUCAAACCGGUUAUACCAACCAUGACCGCCACAAGAUAAAAAUAGCCCAUGACGUCAUUGAUAAACCCGUCAAACUGGAUAUACUCCUCCUCCUCCUCCUCCUCGUCCUCCUCAUUUUGAUUGUUUUCCCCCCCUCCUCCACCUCCACCACCACAUUUCUAGUUUUCCCUCCACCACCACCAACACCACCACAUUUCUAUUGUUUUCCCUCCACCACCACCACCACCACCACCACAUUUCUAUUGUUUUCCCUCCACCACCGCCACCACAUUUUUAUUGUUCCCUCCUUGAGUUUGGCCUUUUAGGCCUGAUUUUGGCCUCUUUGGCCUUUUGAGGGAAACAAUGAAAAUGUGGUGGCGGUGGUGGUGGUGGUGGUGGUGGUGGAGGGAAAACAAUAGAAAUGUGGUGGCGGUGGUGGCGGUGGUGGUGUUGGUGGUGUUAGGACAAUCACAGCAGCAGGAAAUAGGACUUGCAUAAUCACAUUACGCCUCCGUGAUUUUAAGUCACAGACAAGUUUAGAAUGCUUCGUCAAACGAGACAGCCAAUGAGCGUCUUUCAAAUUCCGAUCAACCAAUCAAAACAACUAUGACAUCAUAGUACCCCGGAAUACAUAUGACAUCAUCUUCCGAAAAUAACUAAAACCUGUCAAACCGGUUAUACCAACCAUGACCGCCACAAAAUAAAAAUAGCACAUGACCUUAUCUUUAUGAGAUUCCUGCGCAUUUUAUUCAUGAGAUCAAGACAAUAGCCUAUGACGUCAGCGACGUUAAUUUAUUCCCCCCCCCACCUUAAUGAGAUUCCCCCCCAAAAAUAAGGAUAAUUCGGUGCGCCCUAUACUACUGUUAAAUCGAGGUUCCACUGUAUAAUGUACGUUCUUGCCUUUAUUGAUAGGAGGGAAAAUACUUGAUGUGUUACGUUACUUCCACUUAUCCAAAUCAUUGAGGGGUAAGAGAAUCUCUAGGAGUGUAAUAGGUCAUUGGCAUUGUUAACUCCUUCAUCUUUUCUCAUGGGUUAUGACUUUGCUGAAAGAGGGCGCUUUGUUUGUCCAAUUCGUACCCAUCCUUGGAGGGCAGGUGUAUACCCAACCCUUUUGAGCAGGCUUCUACCCAAUAACGCUGAAAAAACAAAAACCAAACCAAACAAGAAAGUUAAAUUAGUAGCACUAGAGAAUUGUUAUCCUAGGAAAAUAUACUGAGUGAAUACUCAAAUUAAAUGCGUUUAACUGUAGGACUGGAAGUUCAUUUCCUCAUAUUGUUGAUGUGGACUGGAGAUUGGAUUACUAUAUAAAGGUACAUGUCAUUUGUUCUUCAAAACCGAAAUUUAUGUUUAAUUGCUGUUAAAUAAGGUUCUUUCUCCCUUUUCUUUCGUCUCUUAAAUGCAUUUUAACUGAAAUAACGUGAGUUAAAUGCAGUUUAAAGAAGUGCUAGCAGUCCAUGGUCCAUUGGUAUGUGCGUACCCAAUAGUUUGCUACUAUCUCAUUAAUUUUGAUGUAGUGGCGUAUGAAGUUUUCUUUGUGCAGGGUAUUUCCUGCAACGAAAUUUCCUUCAGCCAGGUUCUCCCCACCUCCCCUCGCCUUUGUUCUUUCUCCAGCAAUAUUUUCAGUUCAAUGGAUGCCUGUUUUGUGCUGUGGAGGCUCAUGGCAGGGUUCCACUAUUAUGUCAGCUAUGGAGUUGCUAUUCAAUCUACGGACUGGCUAGUGCCAAAAGUAGAAGUCCAUUUAUCGAUGCAGUUGUUAACCCUUCGUAAUAUUAAUGAAUAAGAAUUAUGGACUUAAUUCUUGUCCCCAAACCCUUUACAUUCCUCAACACCUAUAAUUUAUAAUACUGUACGAUGAAGUGAUUAGUAAUUACAUGUAUUACAGUCAAACCAGGUCAAGCGUUCCCGUCGCUAACGAACUAAUGAAUUCAUUCACGGAAAAAUGGUUUCGUUUGUUGAUUCAAUAAUCCAUUCUUAAAAUGAACAAUCCAAUAGUCAUAUUUAGCCUUGAUUCCAUAAUCGAAUGUUGAUUCGAUUACUGUUUUUUGAAAAAUUACACUUUCCACAAGUUGACCUCAGAAUUUUGUUUUUUCCUCUUUUUUUUCUGAGAGUCGAGUGCUGGCGAGUUCUGAAGUUCAAACCCAAACAAACUGUUACAUGUACGCCAGUGCAACAGACCUAGGCCUGACCUCUUAGAAAACACGACGGUCAAACUGAGGUCAGUGUAUGUGCGGUGAUUGGUGGAUUUCGAUCCUCGGCUUUUGUCAGUUUCUUUGCGUUUGCGGUCUGUCUAUUCUAGCUUUUAUUUUGAUUAAAGGCAAUGAAAAACGCAAUCGUAAACGGCAGGAAAAGGGAAGCAGAUACGAUUGAACACAACAGACAAGAAUAAAGAACAGGUAGAUUUUGUUCAUAAACCAAAUCAACAUUUGAUUAUUGAAUCGAGGUACAAUUUGACCGUUGGAUUAUUCAUUUUAUGAAUGGAUUAUUGAAUCAACAAACGAAAUCAUUUUUGCAUUAAUGAAUUCAUUAGUUUGUUAGCGACGGGAACGCUUGACCUGGUUUGACUGUAAUGUAUGUUUGUUUUGCACAUAGAAUAACCAGAUGGACAAAGUGAAUAAACCUACCUAUCUUAUCACACUUAAGACUGAGGUACGACUUCACUAUUCGCUGACUAUUCUCAAGCUCUCAAGCAAGCUCUCGGGGGCGCUCUGACGGCAGGGUGGGAGAAGGAAGGAGAGCUUGCAACUGCGUCUCUGGAAUUUCAAUUCCGCCUCUAAUUCCCUUGUGGCUUCCCGUCGACUGAGCUGUGAGAUUUGCUCAGACCACCCACUAGCCAGGGGCACCCAACGAGAAUAUAGUUCAAAACUACUUAAACAUAGCAUUGUUAAACGUAUAGAUAUAGGCAUAUUUUUAUCCCCUAAAAAUUUUUCAUCUGUUCGGAUUUCCUAGCUGAAAGUCUAGUGAUUCGAAAAUUAUAGGGAUCAAAACUUACCUUUUCGAAAAUUUAAGCAAGAAAUUUUACGACAAAUGUUCCGAAAUGUUCUCAAAUCGUCUUCCGGUCAGAUAUUUUCCGAAAAUGGACGUUUGGUGCCCCUGACUAGCUAUAGUUGUACACACUGCACACUGCUUCUUUCGGGAGCUCCUAACUAACCUGAGAUCAGGCGUUAUUUUUUUUUUUGCUUCUUUGGCCCGAGAGGGAAAAAAUUAACGCCCUCUUCCCAAAAGCAGUUUACAGAGAUAAAGGGAGAGGGCAUGAUCGCAGGCUAUAUUCCAAGUAUCGAAAUCCCGCUCGGCAGUCUUUUAAAAGAGGGGCAAAUAGUGUUUAGUUCAUAAAGUUCUGUAUGUAAAUGUGACUUUUAUCAUUUCAUCUUGUGGGGUGAGGUUGGGUUACGUAUUCCCCUGUUCUGAAUGUCAAACCCGUCGUUUCACGUAUUGUGAGGAGGAAACCAUGUGCCUGUUGGCGUUUUACCUAUUGUAUUACACUUUCGCUUGUCUUCUUCGUCACUUUCAAGGUUUUAACCUGUCUUUGAGUCGUGUGGAGCCAUUUCAUCUGUCUUGUGCCGCAGUUUCAAGGCCAUGUCGCUUGUCGGAAUUUCACCUUAACAAGGCGUCCUAUUUAUUUUAAGUAAACGAGGUUUCAAAAACCAGGAUAGAAAAAUUAUUAGCAAUACACAAGCUUUCGAUUCCAUCACGGAAUCCUUAUCAAGUGAUGGAGUUGGACGUUUGCUCACGUGAUUUCAUUGACAAAACGUCCCGGUAGAUCUCAGGGAGCUUGUAAUUUAGGCAUCCUUAGUUUUGUAUCAUUAUUAUUUUUUAAACAUCUUUUGCCGAAUUUAAAUAAGUUUUGAUUGAUUGAACUUCUUUUAAAUCUUGUCCUGUCAUGAUUCAUUAUAACGCCCUUAUCAGUUAUCUUCUUUGGCGAGGCACCGUAAAUUUUACUGACAGCGCUAAUAACGUAUUAUUCGGCUUACAUGUGCUUGAAUAUUGGUCAGUGGUCCAAUUUCCUUGGUUCUAAAAACUUUAAAAGACCUGAAACCAUUGAGAUACGUACAUUUUGACAAGUUAUUUUUCCAGCUUUUAAAGUGACUUUUUCGUUGUUUAGGAAGCAGGGAAAUCUCAAGGAAAGGACGUGCAAUUUUCCUGUUCAAUGGAGCAGCUCCAGGUAUUCUUGAGUUAAAUAAGUUUAUGUAAGGCUAGGUUGUUCAAGUCAGACUAUAAAGUUCACGUAAAGUCCUUGUCAAAUUAGGAUUAGCCAAAUCUGAAAAUCCAAUCGGAGGAAGGUUUUCGUUUACCAUAAAGAUGGUCAAUCCCUGACCGAAGUAGAAGAGUUUUUCAGAGUCGAUAAAAGCUGAAGCGUCUAAUAAUUUCGCGGCUGAACGGCAACAAAAAACUGGCCUUUUAGUUCUCUGAUCGUUUGAACUGGAAAUGAAAAUGAAAUAGAAUUUUAGCUCAACAUACAUGAGGGUCAUUUUCGCCUUCAGCUAGUAGCAAAACAUCAAAUUAAAUUUGCUGAAAACAACAACAGCUAAUAAGUGAUGCUCAUGUUUUUUUCCCUUCAGGAUCUUGUUGGCAAACUUAAGGAUGCCUGCAAAAGUAUAGAGAGAGCGUCUGCUAAUUAACUGGCUGCUUCACGGAAAAACUGGAAUAAAGAUUCCAAAGUAUAUAUUUUUUUAAUGUAGUUUAUUAGAACUUUACGUUUGUCUAUCGUCGAUUUCGGCCAAGUAUUUCAUGUAGGUAUUGCCCAAAUGGCUUUUAUAAUCAACUAGAUCCAUUCCUCCUGAUUCAACGACGU